AUGUCGACCACCGACGCCGAAGUUGAUCCCGCCGUGUGGAAUGCAAUUGCAGGCUCCUCUGUUCAAAUUCCUCCACGCAGUUCCCGCGUCUACUACUUCCCACAAGGCCACCUUGAAAAUUCAUCGGCAACCCCAAUUCAGAGCUACCAUUUAUUCCUCAGUCGACCCUUUAUUCUGUGCCAGGUCAGUUCUAUUCAAUUCCUCUCCGAUGAAUCCGAUCAAGUUUAUGCUAAAAUUCAUCUGCAGCACCUCCACCCGCGCCGUCCUCGCCUCAGAGACAUUGGCAAUAACAGUGAAAAUGUGCAAAACGACUUGACUUCUUAUGCCAAGAUUUUGACUCGGUCCGAUGUUAACAAACAAUACGGUAGAUUUUGUGUUCCCAAAUCUUGUGCUGAAUUGAUUUUCCCCUGGAUCGAUUUCUCUGCUGAGCCACCAACUGCAUUCCAGAAUUUGAUAUUUAAAGAUAAUUUUAACCUUGCAUGGGAGUUUCGCCAUGUUUAUGGGAUCCGGCACUUUCUAACCUCUGGCUGGAGCAGCUUCUUGAACAGCAAAAAACUUGUUGCCGGGGACUCGGUUGUUUUUAUUCGCAAACACUCCAGCAAUGAACUCUUCAUCGGCAUUAGGAGAUCGAUUCGCGCGGACAACAUGGGGAGGUGGAAUUUCCCAUUGGCAAAGAGGGAGGAGAGGGAAAAAUUGGCAUUGGAGGCAAUUUCUUUGGCCGAUCAAGGAAUUUCUUUUGAUGUAGAGUAUUAUCCGAGG